CACAGUCCGGACGGAGGACAGCACUUCCUUGGGUCGUCUCUGUCGUACAAUUCUCAUCUUAUACCACAUAGACGAGCAACGACAGCUCAGAUAGAUGGCACAGUGGCAGGCCCUGCUGCUGCUGGACUCAGGCCUCCAGAGCCGGGUGAGCCAGCUGUACGAGGGAACCUUCUCCAGAGAAAUCCGCCACUAUCUAUGCCACUGGAUAGAGAGACAGGACUGGGACUCGGCUGCUGUGGAUGUAAAUAGAGCAAACGGCUGCUUCCAUGCUCUCCUGGAAUAUUUGGAUGAACUGUGGAAGCGUUCCGUCCAAGAGAACAAGAUUUUGCGGGGGCCUAACUUUUCAUACAUGAAAGACUCCUUGGUGCUAUUGAUUAAAGAAAUUGUUUCCAUAUCUAGAUCUGAAAAAAGCAAAAAAUCCUUCCCUGGACUGGGAAAAGGGACAUUGGUUUUCAUGACUGGUUUUUGUUUUUGUCUUUCUAGGUACUUGGCAAACCUUCCUGAAUUCAAAUGCCGACUCAAAGUCACACCUGUAUUUGACAAGGAUGUUGAAGAAGCCAAGACAGUCACUGGGUUCCGUCACUUUGAUUUUGAAAGGGAUGACAAGAAGGUGUUGGACGUGGAGCCGCCAGGUGCUUUGAUGGCAGAAUUUAAGAACAUGUCACUCAAGGAAAGAAAAUCUAAAUCUAAAGCAUCAUGUGAGGGAGCACGUGGGAAUCAGUGUGCAUCCAGUCCUGCUGGUCCUUCAUGCCCUGUCAGUCCUGCUGGAGCCUCUGCUCUCCCUGCCUCAACUGCUGCAAAGAGUCGUCCAGGAGUCACUGAAGAACUCCACAUCAUCAAGUUUGUGACGGAGCUGGAGCACGCUGGACUGAAGUGCUACAUCGAGGCCAGCUCCCUGCCUUUGGUUGUCGUCUCCAGUACCAAUCAGGUCUCCAGUGCCUGGGCCUCCAUCAUGUGGGUGAACAUGCUGUCUCCCAGUGGAUCGAUGAACCUGUCGCUGUUCGUCGACCCUCCUCCACUCACCUGGGAGCCGCUGGCGCAGGUUCUGAGCUGGCAGUUUUUGUCCGCUGGCCAGCGAGAGCUCGAUGAAAACCAGCUCUCCAUGCUAAGAGACAAAAUUGUGGAUGACACUGAUGGUCUUGUGCACUGGAGCAAGUUCUCCUCCAAGAAUGAAAGUACCUGGGUCUGGAUCGAUGGAAUCCUGGAUUUAAUCAAAAAAUAUUUGGUGGACCUUUGGAGAGACGGAUACAUCAUGGGGUUUGUGAGCAGAGAGAGAACAGAGUUCCUGUUGAAGACAAAAAGAACUGGGACAUUUCUGCUCCGCUUUAGUGAGACCAACAAAGACGGCGCCAUCAGCUUCAGCUGGGUCGACCACUCCCAUGGCGAGCCUCGUGUACAUGCAGUGCUGCCCUACACCAAGAAGGAGCUGUUGUCGAUGUCUCUGCCAGACGUUAUUUACCACUACAGUCUGACUCGCCAGCAGGAGACCAGGAAUCCUUUGCGCUAUCUUUACCCCGACAUCAACAAAGACGAUGCCUUCGGACGCUACUACAAAGUUUUGGAAAAGCCGGCACCAGACAUUAGCAUUUACGGAUAUGUUGGCAGAGUAAAUGCUUCAGUGUCACUUAAUCCUACACCACCUCCGUCUCCACCCAGAGAGAUGAACAUGGAUACUGACAUCGACAUGGAAACCUCUAUUGACAAUCAACAAGUGAUGAAGGACCUCUACCCUGAUUUACUCGACACACCUGGAACAGAUGUGCUGUCUUCACCUCACUUCUACGAUCUAUAUUCACCUCAGGACAACUUUACGUUCAGCUUCUUUGACGAUCUUUGAAUCAGGUUUAUCUCGAUGAGAAACGGGUUUCGGUGCAGAUGUAGUAAUGGAAUACAAUUU